AUGUGUGAUGUCCAUCGAUUAAUAGAAGAUUAUGAAAAGACAUUUUCGUUGCAUCGAAAAGCGUUAAAUAUUCAAGAAAAUAUUCAAUGUAAUUCUUUGCAUUGUGCAACGGCAUACACAAGUUUAGGUGAAACUUAUCGAGAAAUGAAAGAUUAUUCUAUAGUAUUGACAUGCUUCGAAAAAGGAUUAGAAAUACGUGAAGAAAAGCUACCAGAAAAUUCUCUUGAUUUAGCUGUAAUUUAUCACAAUUUGUCGAAAUUAUAUUUGGCUAGUCAAGAAUAUAGUGCUAAUUUUACUAGAUUAACUAAUUUUCUUGCUGGUACAUUAAAUCAUAUUCAUUCAUGUGAUCCAUGGUCAACCCCAUCAAUAACUGGAUCAACAGUAAUAAGAAGAAAAAAAUUCAUAAAUAAGUAUUGUUAUUUUCAUUAUAUUUAUUUCUAUUGGAUUUGUUCUGAAUGUCGUCAAUUAAAAAGUGUACUUGUAUUAGAAUUAACUGGUAAAGAAUGUUUUCGUUUUGGUUAUAAACAAUUUUUAUCAAUGAUUAAAGCAGCAGCACCCAUACUUCGAAGACAAAAGCAAGAUUAUGAUUCAUCAUCUUAA